UCAGAAUAGUCUGAUCGCAAGCAGCUUACUGAGGAUCUUCUCAGGGGAGAGUACAGUAACCAACCCAAGAGCCAGCUGAUCAUGGGUUCAUAAUGAGGGAAACCAUCAGCUGAAGAGGAAGAAAUAAUUAAUCCAGCCCACCAUCUCAGGAGAGUCACCUGCCACCAUGGGGGACCAAGAAGUUUCAACCAUCGAGCAAGCACACAUACUGUUUGACCAGUUUGUCCAGGCAACUACAUGCAAGGGCACUUUCAAAGGCUUCCUGGAGCUGUGCGAAUACCUGGGCCUCUCCAACGUCGACUUCCCCUACUUCUACACCAAGCUCAAGACCAAACUCAAUUACUGGAAAGCAAAAGCACUCUUUGCAAAGAUAGACAAGCGAGGCAGUCACAAGGAUUACAAGAAGAACACAGCCUGUGCCAAUACAAAGUGUCUGGUAAUCGGUGCGGGGCCCUGUGGCCUACGCACGGCCAUCGAGCUCAUGUUCCUCGGAGCUAAAGUCAUCGUCGUGGAAAAGCGCGACACCUUCUCUAGGAACAACGUCCUGCACUUAUGGCCGUACACGAUUCAGGACCUGCGGAACCUUGGGGCGAAGAAGAUCUACGGGAAGUUCUGCGCUGGGGCCAUUGACCAUAUCAGUAUCCGUCAACUCCAGCUCGUCCUGUUGAAGAUUGCCUUGAUCCUGGGGACGGAAAUUCAUCUAAACGUGGAGUUCCGUGGGCUGCUUCCACCCAGGGGCCAUAAAAACCCUCACGCUGGAUGGAGAGCAGACAUUGACCCUCCAACCAACAAAGUGGCACAGUUUGAGUUUGAAGUCGUGAUUGGUGCUGAUGGGCGAAGGAACACACUGGAAGGGUUUCGCCGGAAGGAGUUCCGCGGGAAGCUGGCGAUCGCCAUCACUGCCAACUUCAUCAACCGGCACACACGGGAUGAGGCCCGGGUGGAGGAGAUCAGCGGCGUGGCCUUCAUCUUCAAUCAAAAGUUUUUCCGAGACCUGCGGGAAGCAACAGGUGUAAAUUUGGAAAACAUAGUUUACUAUAAAGAUGACACACACUACUUCGUCAUGACUGCAAAGAAGCCGAGUUUGCUGGAGAAAGGAGUGAUUCUGCAGGAUUUUGCUGACACGGAGAAGUUGCUGUCCCGGAAUAACGUCAAUCAGGAGGCACUGCUGAACUAUGCGAGGGAGGCGGCAGACUUCUCCACCCAUCGCCUACUGCCACAGAUGGACUUUGCCAUGAAUCAUUACGGCCAACCUGACGUGGCCAUGUUUGAUUUCACAUGCAUGUACGCGUCAGAGAACGCCUCGUUGAUACGGGAGGAGAGCGGGAAGCGUUUGCUGGUCUCCCUCGUUGGUGACAGUCUGUUGGAGCCCUUUUGGCCCAUGGGAACUGGGAUUGCUCGUGGAUUUCUGGCAGCGUUUGAUGCUGCCUGGAUGGUGCGAGCCUGGUCACAGGGAAUUCCUCCACUCAAAGUGCUGGCAGAAAGGGAGAGCAUUUACAGAUUACUGCCUCAGACCACGCCGCAGAAUAUCAUCAAGGACCACAAUGCGUACAGCAUUGAUCCCAUCACCCGAUACCCCAAGGUCAAUAUCCACAUUGUGGACCCCAAUCAGGUACGGCGCUUGUGGAUCACAGCCGAUCAAAAGCUUAUUGCAGCACCCGAACCUCCAGAAAUUUCAAAGUCACCACGCACGAAGCAGAGCACCGAAACCUUGGCACGGUCAAAUGUGUUGCUCGCCUGGUGCCAGAAGCAAACGCAGGGCUACAAGAAUGUCAACGUGGUUGACCUGACGGCAUCGUGGAAGAGCGGACUGGCGCUCUGUGCCAUCAUCCAUCGAUACCGCCCAGACCUGAUCGACUUUCAGCAGCUGAAUGAGAGGAACGUGGAGAGCAAUAACCAGCUGGCAUUCGACAUUGCCGAGCGUGAAUUUGGGAUUUCGCCCAUAAUGACGGGGAAGGAGAUGGCAUCCGUGGGUGAACCGGACAAACUGAGCAUGGUGAUGUACCUGCUGCAGUUCUACGAGAUGCUCAAGGACAUCUCUCCUGAUGAAUACCUGCUGGGAUUUCACUCGUCCACCAUUGGGGUUACCACAAAAUCGCCCAUCUCGUUCCUCACCAGGCUGGGACAGAAUAUCACACGAAAACGGAUGCCAAAGGAGGAUCGACUCGCACACCCGAGUGGAAAUGUCAAAACCUUGACUGACAAGAUCUUGUCCAAAUCUGAGAUUAACACUGCCGGACUGUGCCAAGGAGUGAAGAGACAGCGGCCAAACCUCUCAUCGCAGGAGCAUCCGUACAGCAGACAAAGAGAAGCAACACCACAUGCUGCUGUUCCUCAAUGGAAGCAGGGAAGAGACAUGCGGCAAUUGCAAGUGUGUCCCAAGAUGAUUGUAAUGCUUCCCUGGCCUGUUCCUGGCCCCUUACGAUGCAGACAGGUGCAGGUUCAGUCAGCAGGUACACAGCUGAUCACAGGCCAGAACCCUGUGGCUCCCCCUGCACCACCACUCAGUGAUCCCCACCAGCGGAGUGUCGACGGGUUCACAGGGGGAGUGAGUGGACUGUCUGAGCAGAUAGCCAGAAAGCUUCAGCAGCAAAUUCAGCCUGUGCGCCCUGUGGACAGGAAAGAGUGGCACUCAACGAAGCGGAAAGAGUUCUCCUCAGAGUUCGGCGGCAGUGAUGUCUGCUAUUUCUGUGGGAAGCGUGUCUACGUGAUGGAGCGGUUGAGUGCUGAAGGGAAGUUCUUCCAUCGCGGCUGCUUCAAGUGCGACUACUGCUGCGAGACCCUCCGCCUCUCCACCUACGCCUUUAACCCAGAGAAUGGAAAAUUCUACUGUAAGCCUCAUUUCCGGCAGGCAGGGCGAGAGGCCAGAAAGAGACCAGCAACACCUCCAGCAAGAGCCCAGGAGAAGGUGUUUGCUCCUCCACUGCCUACCCUGACCCCGGAUGGACAACCUAUCCCCAAGGAACCGUACAUUGUGGGAGCCACAGAGCCCUGGCAGGCAAAGCGUCUGCGCGGCACUCCAGAGAGGAUCGAGCUGGAGAACAUCCGAGUGUCCCUGGAGCGGGAGGAAGAUCUGCAGGAGGUGCCGGAGGAGACACUUGCUGAGCACAAUCUGAGCAGCGCUUUGCACCAAACCAGCCAAGAGCCCGGCAGCAGUUGCAGCAGCUCUGAGUACGAAAUGGAGGAGGACGAGGAGGAGGAGGAGGAGGAAGAAGAUGAGGAGGACAAGGAGGAUAAGAGGGAUGAGGAAGAUAUGUUGUCUCCCUCAGUGGACGGAGUACCAUGGAGAAAAGCAGCGGAGGCCCAGCAGUUGCUGAAGAAAAAUUCAGAGGAAGACAGUGAGGCAGAGAGCGAGGAUGAGGGACAUUCACAAUCGAGUUACGAGGGCGAGUACUGCCCCUGGGAGAAGGAGCUCCAGUUUGGGCUCUGGGUCCAUCAGCUGUCUGAUGAAGAGGACAACCAUGUGUUCAGAGCUUCGAGCCUGAGGGUGCGUCAGCUCGUCAGCCCCAUUGAUCCGCUGGAAAUCAAGGCGGACGUGCACUGGACACACAUCACGGGCCAGGAAGGGGCAAUCCUUCCAGCAGCCCCAGACCCAGAAGCCUCUGAUGUUCCCCCAUUUCGGAAUGAAGCAGUUCGAGCAUGGUUGGACACCCUGUCUGGAGAAAAGCAGAUGAAGGAGGAGUUGAGCCCAGAUGAGGAGGAGGGCAGUUCAUCAUUGGAGGAUGAUAUUGCAUCUGAUGCAGAAGCAGAGAACCGGUUGGUCUCAUACACACACGAGCUGGAGCAAUUAGUGCGAGAAAAGGAAGAGGCUUGUGGUGAGGUUGGAUCUCCAAAUGGAUCCAUACCAACACACCAAGUGCUUUCAGAGAACAGAGCAGAUCUUCAGGUACCUUCUGUCAACUCGAGGAGAGAACAACCAGAGAUCGAUAAACACAGUCCUUCCACAAAACUAUUUUCAUCGGAAAGGAGAGGUGAGCAGUCGCAGGAAAAGCCCAGCUCUCUUUCCACGCUCUCUCCAGUACGGCAGCAGUCUCUGUUCUUCCCAGAAAUGUCUUUGCCCUGUUCACCAGUGGAAUGCAAGCCAGCAGCCACCCCUCCUGCCAUCUGCUGCCAGCCCCUGACAUCGCCCCCAGCAGGCAGCCCCGUCACUGCCAAGUCCCCGGUGAAGUCGCAGCCACUCUCCUUAGUCCAGACCUCCACCCCCAUCACCGAACCCGGCAGGGAGUGGCUACGCGGUGGAGGGAUCAAGGCAAAGGGCCCUCUGCAGGGGGUGGACAAACCGGCCAGGAAAGACCCUGUGGACGAGUUCUGGCUGAGGAGCAAUGAGAUGAGGAGAAAUCUGGGAGUCAGUGCUCUGGAGAGAACCAGCGGCUCGGAAACCAGCUUCACCUUGUCCACCACGGGGUCGGCAUCCCCUCAGUCCUUCACGCCGGAGGAGAUGUUUGACGAAUGCACAUCCAGCCCCCAGCCACUCUCGGGGACGCCCACCGCACCCAUGGUGGGAGGGCAGCUGGUUCCAUCCCCCACCCUCAGCCCAUCCAUCGGGCUGGAUCCCAAGACCUCAGACAGUGGGCAAAGGGACCUGACCAGCACCUCGGGGCUGGGCCUGAAUGGGAGCAUGAGCAACACCAGGACUGCUGCCAGUGAGAGCCUCAACAACUCGGACACUAUGUUAACACCUCCCUCCAGCCCGCCCCCACCUCCCCCUGCUGGCGAGGAGCCCGCCACCCUCCGCCGGAAGAAGCAGCAGGGCCCCAGGACACGGCCUGCUGAGCAAGGCCCUGCUGCCCAGCCCGCCUCAGGCUCGCAGUCGGCAGGCGUGAGGAAGUCGCUGGUGGAGAGCCUGGAUGAGAUUCCCUUUGCGGACGACGUUGAGGACACGUACGAUGACCGGACGCCCGACGCCAGCAUCCAGGAGCGGUUCUACACGCCGGCCGGCAGCCUGGAGAAACCCGGGCAGCUGAACCUGGCCCCCGUCAAAGACACGCUGCCCCCGAGUGGGAAACGGCGGCCCCUCACCCAGAUCUCCCCCGAGGCCAAGGAGAUCGCCAAAGAGAGGAUGAGGGCCCGCGAGAAGUCAGUCAAGAGCCAGGCGCUCCGAGAUGCCAUGGCCAAGGAGCUGAGGAAGAUGAAGGAAAUGGAAGCGGCAGAAGGGUCCCCAGCCCGUCCUCCGAUAGCCCAGGUGGCCGAGGCGCCGGUUCCCCUUGCUGCCAAGUUAAUCGAUGGGGACCCGCCGCAGCAGGAGGUGGUGGUGGAGAAGCCGUUACCUAUACCGGCACCGGCACAGGACCUCAGUCUGGAGGGAUCAGGAGCCUCCUCCGAGGGUUCUGCCAGCAAGAACAAGAAGAGAACCUCCCUCUUCUCCCCCCGCAAAAGCAAAAAGGAGAAAAAGUCCAAGACUGAGAGCAGCCUGACCGAGGAGAGCACCAAGCCCAGGUCCAUCUGGAAAUCCGUCUUCUCCAGUUACCGGAGGGACAGAAAGAAGAAGGAGGAGAAGACUUGCCCCAGCACCCCGUCCAGCGGUAACACCGUCAACUCCAGCACCAGGCGCAGCACUGACAUCCUCCGCACCGCAGUCGGACUCCAAUUCCGUCAACACCUGAGUUUCUCGGAGGAUUCGGACUUGUCCAGUGACGAUAUACUUGAGAGGACCUCACAGCGCUCCAGGCGAGAGAAACCCUACAGUGAAGAGGAGCUCAACUCCAAACUGACUCGGAGGGUACAGAAGGCAGCCCGGAGACAAGCCAAGCAGGAAGAGCUGAAGAGGUUACACAGAGCACAGAUCAUUCAGCGGCAGCUGGAGCAGGUGGAGGAGAAGCAGCGACAGCUGGAGGAGCGGGGAGUGGCCGUGGAGAAGGCUCUCCGGGGAGAAGCAGACUAUUGGGGAGAGUCUAGUUACAGUGAAAUCCUCGACUUGCAUCUGGGUGUUGAGGCCCUUGUUGGAGCUCCGCGGCGAAGACCUCUUUCCUUCUGCCACUGCUGUACCCACGACAGAGGAAUGGGAAAGAAAGAUGACCCUCGCCUGAUGCAGGAAUGGUUUAAGCUGGUGCAGGAGAAGAACAGCUUGGUACGCUACGAGUCAGAGCUGAUGAUCUUUGCCCGUGAGCUGGAGCUGGAAGAUUGUCAGAGCAGGCUACAGCAGGAGCUCCGGGAACGCAUGGCCAUUGAUGACAAUCUGAAGAACAGCGAGGAGCUGCUGGAGGAGAAGCGGAUCCUGAACGAGAUGCUGGAUGUGGUGGAGCAGCGGGACGCGCUGGUGGCUCUGCUCGAGGAGCAGCGGCUCCGCGAGAAGGAGGAGGACAAGGACCUGGAGGCGGUGAUGCUGACCAAGAGCUACAACCUGAACUGGUCAUAGACAGUCCACCUGUGGCCGCAGUCACUGAGUGCUGGGCAUCAGCAGCCGGCAGGGAAGGCAAGAGAGGCUGUCUUGCAAAUGGCUGGUGGAACAAACCCCUGCAGCCUUUCCACUGCCGUGUACACCGCAGAAUACUACUUGUGCUGUGUUCCCAGGUGUUAGCCACACAUGAUCCCACCUGACCCAAGGGCAACUUCAGAUAUUGGCCAGAUUUACAGUAUAGGGCAGGUGUUCAGAGGAUAAGGAACACAGGAAUUUGGGGUGCUGAGUUAUUUCAUCAGAUUCGUAGAAACUGAUUCUUUUUGGUGAGGGAACAGUAGAACUGAACGGCACCGGAGCUCGAGAGAGAGAGAGAGAGAGAGCCCUUGAGUGAGUAUAGACCUGGUUCAGUCCACCAAUUCUUCCUCCAUGCGCAUCAGAAAUAGAUACGCUGCACCCUGAGGUGGAGGCUUGCUCCUCUUGUUUACCCAGUCCAGAGGGGCAGCUGCCCUUCACAAGCCGGCCCAUAGGUAUUUAUGCAGCUUGCUGCCGCUGAUCUGGGAGCUUGAAGUACUGAGCACAGAGUGAGCCACUCCCAGCUGCUGUAGGAUCCAGUUACCUUUCCUUUGGGGAGGGUGAGCCGUGUGUGAUAGAACACACGCAGGAGCAAAAAAACAUUUAAAUGCCAUGACGCAAGUAAAGGGAGGGGGAAUAUACCAGUGGUGGGGCAUUCAAUGGAGUCCAGCGACCUGCCACCAUUUAACAAGCACAGGGCAGCUUACCCUGUUCCCACCUGUUCACUUACACGCUGUACUCCUUCCAACUCUAAUUUAGUUCACUUGAACAUUGUACCUCCUAAAACUCCUCAUGGUCACAUUUACACAUCCCACUUGCUCCCAUUUGCAUCCCAAAGGCUUUUCACUGUAUCUCGGUACAUGUGACAAUAAACUAAACUAAACUAAACUCCAGUAAAUACAACACAGAUCGCUCCAGUAAAGACAACAUCGUCCACUCCAGUAUACACAAUCUAGCCCAGUGCGAAGGGGAUUCGGAAGAAAUCCCAGCAAUACCUAGCAAUGGGAUGCCCCCUUGAAAGAAAUGUUUAAGAGGAGGUUGGAUGGGCCUUUCAAAUCAAAGGGUACAGGUCAUGCUGAUUUAGAUAAGUAAAGGUGAAUGGAGUGGUGCAAAGUGACAUCUGAGCGGCCAGUUUCUGUGCCAUAGUUCCAGAAUGUAGCUCCCAUCAUUGCACCAUGACAAACGCGCACAUCACUGCACACUCACGUUCUGUAUCUUACCAGAUCUAACCCUUCAUAUUUACACACGUGCACGCACCCAUCCCAUCCAUCGCAACAUCACCAUCACACCAUGUACCCAUGCACUCCCAACACCAAUGAGGAAAUUAUUUAAGAGCUACCUUUUCUCUCAUGUGAGGACCAGAAAUGGACACGGUGCGGCACGUGUGGUCCAGUUAGCAUGUUACAGUCUUUGCAAGAUCUCGGCUCUCGUAGUCUGCAUUUUGACCAAUAACAGCAAGUAUCCCAGAUGUCUCAUUAACCAUUAUCUACCAUAUCUGGGACUUUCAGAUCCAACGGAACGUACACUCCAAACCCCUGCUGGAGCGAUAUUUCCCACUAUCCUCUUGCUUGGUUGUGUCUGCCUUCCCCAAAUGCAUGAUAUUAUCCAUCUCCAUAUAACAUUGCCUGUCUGACCAGACUGGUGAUUUCUUUGUUGGUUGUGACUUUCUUCUUCACCGUUAGUCACGUGGCCACGGUUUACAUUACUGCAAUCGCUUUACCAUAUUACCCAGAGUUAAGUCCAAAUCAUUGAUACACAGCGACCAUUGAGCCUUCUGGUCUCAACUGCAAACAGCCUCCCAUUCACCAAUGACCAAUAAUAGCUUUAGUUUUCUCCCUCAGAGUAGGAGUGCAGAUUGGCAGUCUCCCUUGAAUCCCAUAGGUUUUAUUUUCUUCCCAUGGGAUGGGAUGUGGUCAAAGGUUUUGCUGAAAUCCAUGUAUGUACUUAGAUGCCAUCAUCACCCCCUUCUCAAAAAAUAUCUAAUUUGUCUUCCUCAGCCUUCCCAAACAAAUCUAUGUUGGCCAUCCUUGAUUAAACCAUGAUGAUUCAUCAUUUCCCACACUGAUCUCAGACCUGGCUGAAGUAAUAACUUGCUCUCUUCCCUACCUUCCUUUUCUAAAACAAUGCCAUUCUGGUGACCCUCCACUUAUUUUACAGCUGCUCCGAGGGAGGGCUGGAAAUUGUCCAUGUCGACCUGCUUGGACACCAAGUGUAUUGCAUCCAACUCCCCACCCUUGAACAGGCACCCUUCCUUCUCCAUCACGCUCCACCCACCCUGCCAUCACUUCCUUCCAGAUGAGUCACCAGCUCCUGUAUCGACUUCUACCUGUCGCUUUGUUCUUGUAAAUCAAUGAACUUUAGAAAUCACAGGUUUUUCCUCCCGUCCCGCACGUCACAAGCAUCCAACCAUGCCCAACAUUUAUUUCCUUAUCUCUGCAACCUUUCCCAGCCAUUCUGCAUUUCCCCCACCACAAUCUCAUAUGCUUAUAUACUAACCAUGUCCCGCUCUGCGCAUUAUUCUGCCCCUAUACACUGCAUCAGUUUAUCAUUCCUACUCGGGAUAUGCACGGCUCCUAUCAUUGCCCACGCCUAGUUGCGCUAAAGAAGUAGUGAGUGAGUCGCUUUCUAUUGAAAGAACUCUCAGGGUGCUACUUAGGUAGGGAAUUCCAAGACAUUGAUUCAACAAUGAUGAAGGAACAGUGAAGCCACUCCAAGCCGGGACAAUUGCAGAGAGAUUGUAUAUUUAAGCACUGAUCCUGUCAGGUAACCUUUCAGUUUUAUUUCAGCGUGAGACUGCAUCAGCAUUGGGCUGGUGGUGUUCCCAUGCAUCUGCUUCCCAUUCCCGUGGCCAUAGCUGUCGCAGAAGUGUGGCAAGGAACUGCAGUGCAUCCUGUUGCUAGUCAACAAGGUACCUCUCUAAGGUACUGGAGGGCAGCUGGUAAUUUAAACUAACACGCAAACAUCCUUUACUGCACUGCUUGUGCAAGGAAUUAAUGUUUGGGGUGGUGCUUGAGGAGCUAACCAUGCUUUGUCCUGAAUGUUGAACUUGUAACAGCACUCGUACAGGCAGGUGGACAGUAUUCCAUCCCACUCCUGGCUUGCCUCAGGGACUGAGAAAACACUUUGGAAGUCAGGAAGUGAGUCAUCCACAGCUAGACACACAAUGUCCGACCAGCUCCUCUCAUGGACACCAUAUUCAUGUACAUGGUCUAAUUUCUGGUUCAAAGACAAUGCCCAGGGUAUGGAUGGUGGAGAUUCAGUAAUGGGAAUGCUAUCAAAUGUCAAUAGGGGGUUGCUAGAGCCUCACUUGUUGAGAUAAUCAUUGUCUGGUACUUGUGAGGUGCAAAUGUUACUUGGCACUUACCAGCCUGUGCCUGAAUAUUGUCCAGGUCUUGCUGCAUGUAGACAUGGAUUGCUUCAGUACCGAAUUUCCAUUGCAAAUGGAACUGAAGACUGUGUGCAUGGGUUCCCGUGUGUGUGGGUGGGUGGGUGUGUGUGUGUUUCAUUGUGUCUCAGCUCUCUUUCAAUGUGGUCAGGGUGACAACAGUUUGGACCUGUGGUUUAACACAGUAUUAUGUACAGUUGAGUGUGUGGGUGUGUGUAUGAUGCGGCACAGAGGGGUACAAAUAUAUUUAAGAAUGAAAUCCUGUGGAAUGUAAUUCCAGAGGUCAGGUUUGAAGAUUGUUUCUGUGACUUUGUGGCUACGCUCAAACUGGAGUCUGAGUCAGACGGAGAGCAAGAUGCAGCCCAGGGGCUGGAGAGAAGGCCCUGCCUACUGACAGCCUCUCUGGGAGAAGAUUUAUAGGCCGAGUUGGUCUGUGAAUCAGGUCAGUUCCCAAUGGGAACGUGAUUUAAUGUGAUUGUACAGUGUGCUUUAUACAUUUAAAAUACAUCCCUUUCAUUCGGUUUUGCAUGCUGAACCCUCACUGGGACAACGUUCCCAGCUCGGGCUUGCUCCUGUAGUUAUAGAGUUGUACGGCACGGAAAUGAGUCCUUCGGCCCGUCAUGUUCAUGCCGAUCUUUUUUGCCCAACUACGUUAAUUUGCCUGCAUUGGAACUGUCUCAAUGCUUCUUAAACGUAGUGACUGUAUCUUGCAGCCUGCUAUGUCAGUGCUGGGUUCCCUUGCAGGGAUCAAGCAGUGAGACCUGGGUAUGCUGGAGGAACCCGGCCCCACGGUCCCACCCCCCCCCCCCCCCCCCCCCCCCCCCCCAUUUCUCUCCAUGACACUCCGCUCUCACGCCUCCCUCUAACACAUCACACUCCUUCAAGAGCUUCAGCUGGUUGGCAAAGCCCUGUGCCAACUGUGACAAUUACAAUUUAUGAGAAAUCCACAUGAAGAAUUUAAAAAAACAACAUUAUUACAAUCUUAUAUGAAACUAACACUGAAACCAUUCAGUUCCUGUCUCCUAUGUCUCAGAGAGUCAUACAGCAUGGAAACAGACCAUUGACCCACUGAGAGCAUUGACCAUCAACCACCCAUUUCCAUUAAUCCCACUUUUUAAAAUUCUCACAUUCCCAAAACCUCCCCCAGUUUCUACCACUCACCUGCACGCACGGCAAUUUACAGCCCGGUGGUGCAGCGAUCGAGUUGCUGCCUUACAAUGCUUGCAGCGCCAGACACGGGAUCUAUCCUGACUACGGGUGCUGUCUGUACAGAGUUUGUACGUUCUCCCAGUGACCUGCGUGGUUUUCUCUGAGAUCUUCAGUUUCCUCCCACACUCCAAGGACGUACAGGUUUGUAGGUUAAUUGGUUUGGUGUAUGUGUAAAUUGUUUCUAGUGUGUGUAGGAUAGUGUUAGUGUGAGGGGAUCAAUGGUCGGCACGGACACAGUGGGCCGAAGGGCCUGUUUCCACUCUGUAUCUCUAAACUAAACUAGUCUAUUCACCCAGCAACUUGUACAUCCUGAGGACGUGGGCGGAGCACCCGGAGAAAACCCAUGCGGUCACAGGAAGAGUGAACAAGUUCACCUCCUCUUCCAACCUCAUCUAUUGCAUCCGCUGCUCUAGGUGUCAACUGCUCUACAUUGGUGAGACCAAGCACAGGUUUGGCCAUUCCUUCGCUCAACACCUCCGCACAGUCCGCAUUAACCAACCUGAUCUCCCGGUGGCUCAGCACUUCAACUCCCCCUCGCAUUCCGAAUCCGACUUUUCUGUCCUGGGCUUCCUCCGUGGCCAUAGUGAGUCCCACCACAAAUUGGAGGAGCAGCACCUCAUAUUUUGCUUGGGUAGUUUACACCCCAGCGGUAUGAACAUUGACUUCAGGUGGUGCUUGCUUUCUCCCUCCUUCCCCUCCCCUUCCCGGCUCUCCCACAACCAUGUCCAUCUGUCUCUCUAUCCGCCUUCCUGUUGUUCACACUCCCUCUUCUCACAACCCCAUACUUUACUGUCUCUGAAGCCAUUCAAUCUUUUCUCUCCCUUAAUUCCACAUUGUGCAGUCUUUAAACUCCCUCCAUCCCAGUCUGUACACACACUAUCUAAAUCCCCACCAUCGCAUCUCCCCGUUUUUCAUUGUAUCUGUAUCUCAGCAUACUUGUGCAUAUGACAAUAAACUACUCAAGUCUUCUUACACUGAGUUCUCCCCCUUCCUUCCAAUCCCACAUUGUACCUUUGUUUUAAACCCACUCCAUUCUGCACUCACACUGAACAUUCUUAGCUCCAGACCAGCAUGUAAUCUCCCUGUGUAGCUGCGUGCUGUCGCACACUCAGAGGGAUACACACUAGGGCUACAGAACCGGACAGGAGUGGAUCAUUAUCUUUCAUCUGCUGUGGAUUGAACACACAGGCUUCCUCUGAAGGACUCCAGUUUGCGGUGUUGGGGCGAUUCCAGUGUAGAAUUUACUCCACAGAAUGUAAAUAUGCCACUUAUUAUUCUGUGACAGGCUACAUACUGAGAUGUGCUUUGGUAUCAUUUGCACUCACUUGGAUAAUAAUUAUCGUUCUCAAUGUGUGAUGGUGGAAUAAAGUUAUUUAUUAACACUU